GUCUUGAGGAUAACGUGCUAGUGUGGAGGACGGGAAGUCCGGAGCAUUUCCCGGCGUCCUUCGUUCUUUGCUGCACCGAAGAGUCCUGUGAAUCCCGCAAGAGGAAAUCCCGUAGUGUGAUUUAAGUAUUUACUUGCGGUUGGUACUAGGAGUACUGCUCUCUUUGCCUCCAGUGCCAUUUGGACACGCGUAAGUCUAGUGUUGAUGAAAGUAAAGACGUUAGGUCUACAACACUGAUCAGAAGAUUGAAGACUUUGGAGUUACCAAGCGGAAACAAAUACGAAAUGAAGGCACUGUCCAUUAUAUCACCGGAGGAAAGAAAAUCGAAAUGCAAUAAUAACGAGGACAUAUUUCCGAGCACCGAGGUGACCCCACUUCAAAAUCUUCCGGUAGAAAAAGAGAGAUGGUCACCGACUUCAGGGAGAAGGCGUAAGGAGACGGAGGCAGAGUCCGGGGGAAAUGGAGAACUCAAACAGGCGGAGGGGGUUUCCAGCGCGGUGGCAAAGUUACCGGAGACGAGGGAAGAAGAAGGAGCGAUGAAUGAGGCUACAGCUACUGCACAGUCUGGUGAUAUGGAGCUUCUUUACGGCCUUGAUGACGUACCUCCGUGGUACAUGUGCAUCCUCCUCGGAAUGCAGCACUACUUGACCAUGGUCGGGUCGACCAUCACCAUCCCGUUCAUCUUGACGCCGCUGAUGUGCGUCGACGACAACGACCCUGCUCGAGGUGCCUUGAUCUCUACCAUCUUUUUCGUGUCUGGUGUUGUGACGCUUCUGCAGUGCACUUUUGGUGUGAGGCUACCAAUCGUGCAAGGCGGGACAUUCAGCUUCCUCGUGCCUACAAUAGCCAUUCUGGUAUCAGGCUACCCAAGAUGCGAAUCUCUUUCCCUCCACAACAUGACGGAGAGCGAGAGGCAAGAAGUGUGGCAAGUCAGAAUGAGAGAAGUCCAGGGGGCCAUCAUAGUCUCAUCGUUACUGCAAGUGGUGCUCGGAUUCACAGGGCUCGUAGGAAUCGUGGUGGCCUGGAUUACGCCCCUCGCUAUUACACCAACAGUGGCCUUGGUGGGUCUUUCGCUCUUCAGCGUAGCAGCCGAGAGAGCUGCGUUACACUGGGGCGUUGCUUUCCUGACGAUUGCACUGAUGGUUUUGUUCUCGCAGUAUCUGAGGAACGUUCCCUUACCUUUUCCUACUUAUAAGAAGUCAGGUUUUGGCCUCACCAAAGUGUACGUCUUCAAGCUGUUUCCUAUCCUUUUGGCGAUCUUAAUAUCCUGGGCAGUUUGCGCCAUCUUGACCGCUAGUGGAGUUCUCACAAACGGGAGCUAUGCUAGAACGGACCGAGCCCUUGGAGCCCUCAGCAACGCUCCUUGGAUAAGAGUUCCUUAUCCUGGUCAGUGGGGAGUACCAACUGUAUCAGUGGCAGCAGUAUUUGGAAUGUUAGCUGGUGUUUUAGCCUCCCUUAUUGAAAGUAUAGGCGAUUACUACGCAUGCGCUAGAUUUUCAGGCGCUAAACCACCUCCAGAGCAUGCAAUCAACCGCGGAGUUGGAAUAGAAGGCAUAGGAUGCAUCAUCGCAGGACUCUGGGGCACAGGAAACGGUACUACGUCCUACUCUGAGAACAUCGGCGCAAUUGGGGUUACCAAGGUGGCAAGCCGACGCGUGGUACAGUAUGGCGCGGUAAUCAUGACGAUUUUCAGCAUCAUUGGCAAAUUUGGCGCCCUCUUCAUCACCAUCCCCGAGCCAGUGGUGGGAGGCGUUUUCUGCGUCAUGUUCUCCAUGAUCACAGCCGUGGGGUUGUCCAACUUGCAGUACGUCAACCUCAAUUCCUCCAGGAAUCUCUUUGUCCUUGGAUUUUCAUUGUUCAUGGGACUAGCAAUUCCCAAGUGGAUGGCAGCACAGGGACCUGGGAUCAUUGAUACCGGCAGUGCCGUCGCAGACCAAAUCAUUACAGUUCUCCUUCAAACGUCUAUGUUCAUUGGUGGGGCCCUUGGCGUGAUCUUGGACAAUACCAUUCCAGGUUCCGAUGAAGAAAGAGGGCUUACGAAGUGGAGGAAUCAGUACAACGAAGACCACGCCGGUGAGGAGACCGGUGAAGAGACGAGUUCUUACGACCUUCCUUUCGUAAUGAAUUUCGUGAGGAGGACCAAGUGGAUGGCCUAUGUUCCCGUAUCGCCAACAUUCACUGGUUUCCACAGAUACAGAAGAUUUCUUCCGAGUGGACUCAGCCAUCGCAGACGAAACGAUGACACUAGUAAUGCUGUUUGAUAAUGUUUCGUCGUAAGUGAUCGUCGAAUUAUAGCUUAAGAAACGUAAAUUUACCAAGGUCGAAGAGGUCAUGACCAGAGUACAAAGUUAAAGAUUAUACAAAUCUUGUAUAAUCCCCAGUUAAGAAAAUAGUUCACUUUGGGGUUAGGCCUAUACUGUAAAUAGGAUGAGCCUGGCUGCUUCUGUUGUCUCUGUUGAUCUUUCUAUUGCUAGUUUUUGUUGUUUUUGUUGUUUAUUUGAAAGUACUAAGCGGUAAUUAUUUUUAUUGUUAGAGGUUAUAGCCAUUUUUAAAAUUCAUAAUCAUAUUUCAAUCUUUACUUUUGUAAAUGCUCGGCAGGUAUACUCGAAAAAAUGUAUAUAAACCACUGGUAUUAAAUUUACAUGUGAUAGUACUCUUUGUAAGACUUGGAAAAAAAAACCACUAGUUUCGUGAAGUUUAAGAAUCUCAAAAUCUUUGCUUUAUAUAUCUAGUUCUGAUAAAUAAUGAUUUAUUUUAUACAUGAUUUUUUUUCACUUUUGAGCCAUGGUUUAUUUGUACACGCUAUGUGUAGACUUGAUCUUGACAUACUACCCAUGAUUCUGUGAUAAUGUAAAUAUCUCCAAUAUCUUCCUUGUAAUCUAAUUUUCCUAAAGGAAUUGAGUUGAUAAGGAGACUUUCUGUAACACAGAUCUCUGUAAAUAAUUUUCUUUACGUAUAUUGGAAAAUUCUUCUAGGCUUACCUGUUGAUUACAGGUGUUAUCUGAGUGCUACCUGAGUUUAGCAACUCGGAAAACAUCUGAAUGCACAGGUCAGCUUAGAACAGAUACCCUUUAUAUUUAUGUUUUAUAUUGUAUUUAUGAUUAAUUCCCGACUUGCUGUUAAAACUGUAUAAAACGAAUAUUUGCAGCUCAUGAUGGGUUGAGACUAGAAACCCGAGAGUUUCGUGAGAAUAAAGAUUUGGAAUGAAGA